ACAGUGAGUCAGUCAGUCACUCAUCUUAUACUCCCUGGUCUUCUUCCCAAUCCAGAUGUUGAUUCUUCAAAGAAUGGCCACCACGUCCUCUUCUCUCCUCUCAUCCCCUCUCCUAAAGCCCUCUUCUUUCCUCUCCCCUCUUAAACGCUGCGUUUCCCAACCCACCUCCGACUUUCGCGCCUUCGCCUUUUCCCGAAAUGGGCUCUCCACCUCCGCCGCCGCUGUCGCCGCCACAGAGCCCCACGUGUCGACCCAACACGACAAACUGAAGGAGGCCCAGAAGGACAAAUCUGAUAAGCUCGACAGAGUUGUGCUCCCUUCCAAUGAGUCCUCCGAGAAGCUCCUCCGAAUUCGACACACGUGUGCGCAUGUUAUGGCCAUGGCGGUUCAGAAGCUCUACCCAGAUGCGAAGGUGACAAUUGGGCCGUGGAUAGAGAAUGGGUUUUAUUACGAUUUUGAUAUGGAGCCUUUGACAGACAAAGAGUUGAAGAGAAUCAAGAAGGAGAUGGAUCGCAUCAUUUGUAGAAAUUUACCGCUUGUGAGAGAAGAAGUAUCAAGAGAGGAAGCUCAGCGAAGAAUAAGUACUCUCAACGAACCAUACAAGCUUGAAAUUUUGGAUAGUAUUAAGGACGAUCCCAUUACCAUCUACCACAUUGGCAAUGAAUGGUGGGAUCUAUGUGCGGGGCCUCAUGUGGAAUAUACUGGAAAAAUCAACAGAAAAGCUGUUGAACUUGAGUCUAUUGCUGGUGCUUACUGGAGAGGUGAUGAAAAGAAACCGAUGUUGCAGAGGAUCUAUGGCACUGCAUGGGAGAAUGAAGAACAAUUGCAGGCAUACCUUCAUUUCAAGGAGGAGGCUAAACGCCGAGAUCACCGGCGCCUCGGUCAAGUUCUUGAUCUGUUCUCUAUACAGAAUGAUGCUGGUGGAGGUUUGGUGUUCUGGCAUCCAAAGGGUGCUAUUGUGAGGCAUGUAAUAGAAGAUUUGUGGAAAAAGACACACAUAGAGCGUGGUUAUGAUCUGCUAUAUACUCCACAUGUUGCAAAGGCGGAUCUUUGGCAGAUAAGUGGUCAUCUGGAUUUCUACAGAGAAAAUAUGUACAAUCAGAUGGAUGUUGAAGAUGAACUUUAUCAACUUCGACCGAUGAACUGCCCUUAUCAUAUCUUGAUUUACAAAAGGAGGCGUCACUCUUACAAUGACUUUCCUAUUAGAGUUGCUGAGUUGGGAACAGUAUAUAGAUAUGAAUUAUCUGGAAGCUUACAUGGCCUUUUCCGUGUAAGAGGUUUUACUCAGGAUGAUGCUCACAUAUUUUGCCUAGAAGACCAGAUCAAAGAUGAAAUCAGGGGUGUCUUAGAUCUUACGGAAGAGUUAUUAUUGAAAUUUGGCUUCAGCAAAUAUGAAGUUAAUCUAUCCACGAGGCCGGAGAAAUCUGUUGGAGACGAUGAUAUAUGGGAGAAAGCAACAUCUGCCCUUAGAGAUGCCUUGGAGGAUAAGGGUUGGAGCUAUCAAAUUGAUGAUGGUGGUGGUGCUUUUUAUGGCCCGAAAAUUGAUCUUAAGAUUGAAGACGCUCUUGGAAGGAAGUGGCAGUGCUCAACUAUACAGGUUGAUUUUAACCUACCACAGCGAUUUGACAUAACAUAUAUUGACUCAAAUUCAGAAAAGAAGCGGCCUAUCAUGAUUCAUAGAGCUGUUCUUGGGUCCUUGGAGCGGUUCUUUGGAGUCCUUAUAGAGCAUUAUGCUGGGGAUUUUCCAUUAUGGCUGUCUCCAGUGCAAGCUCAUGUUUUACCAGUGACAGACACUCAGCUGGAUUACUGCAAAGAGCUAACCAACAAACUGAAAGUAAGUGGUAUUCGGGGUGAACUUUGCCAUGGCGAACGACUGCCAAAGUUGAUCAGGAAUUCAGAGAUGCUCAAAAUUCCACUAAUGGCUGUUGUUGGUGCCAAGGAAGUUGAAUCUGGAACUGUUACAGUAAGAUCCAGGUCUGGUGACGAUCCAGGGACCAUGUCGAUUGACGAUUUUGUCAGUAGAAUCAAGUCAGCCAUUGAAAGCAGAACAUCAUUUUGAAAGUAACGGCAGUUUAUUACAUUUGUAGGUUUCUAUAACAUAGCAACAUUGUAUACAGAUAGGGAUUAUCAUUGCAUUAGAGCUUGAUUUUGAGAGAGCUUGGAAGAUUUGGUCUCACUUCAGAAGGCCUAUAGGCUGCACUCUUGUAUUUGUAUAUACUUGGAUAGUUCCAUUAAACAGUUUUGAAUCUUCAUACUUCUUAGCUCUC